AUGCACACUGCUCGCUCAGUACCCAACCCGCCCCCCACGCUUCAACCUCCCUUCCCCCUACCUCCCUCAGGGAGUCCCUCCUGCCUCACCCCUGCCUCACCCCUCGCUUCUCCUCCUCUGCCCUCUUCGGCCUUCCCUCCCCCUUCCCUCCCCCUUCCCUCCCCCUUCCCUCCCCCUUCCUUCCCCCUUCCCCCCCCCUUCCCUCCCCCUUCCCUCCCCCUUCCCUCCCCCUUCCCUCCCCCUUCCCUCCCCCUUCCCUCCCCCUUCCCUCCCCCUUCCCUCCCCCCACCCUUCCCCCUGCCUGUCCCCUGCCUACCCCAUUCCCCACGAGCCCCUGGCAGCGCGGGUGCUGGAGGAGUGCGCUACAGCAUGGGACUUCUUGGGAUGGGGCGGUUCGCCGAGCAAUUGGCGCGCUCCUCACCAGCGGUAUUCCUCCCUGCCUCUGCCCUCUGUACUCCGUCCCCACUACUUGCCCCAUCCCACACCCUCUGUGAUGUGAUGUCAUCCCAUGUGCGCAUCCACACCCUUCGCCUCGCCCAUUCUCACCGUCGUCUCGUCUGCUUGUUUGAUCCCCACUUUCUGUGUGCUGUGCUGCAACUUGCUCAGAACCAUCUCUCCAAGAACCAGCUGUCUGGUGCCAUUCCACCUGGCAUAGGCGCCCUCACGGCCCUCCAAGAGCUCUAUCUCAGCGACAACAAGCUCUCUGGUGCCAUUCCCCCUGCCAUAGGCGCCCUCACAUCCCUUUGUUACCUGAGUCUCUCCAACAACAAGCUGUCUGGUGUCAUUCCCCCCACCAUAACAACCAUUCAUCACCAAGCAACCCAUCCCUCCCAUACCAUGCCUCCCUCCAAUGCCAUGUCUCCCCCCCAUGCCAUGUCUCCCUCCCAUGCCAUGUCUCCCCCCCAUGCCAUGUCUCCCUCCCAUGCAAUGCCUCCCUCCAAUGCCAUGUCUCCCCCCCAUGCCAAGUCUCCCUCCCAUGCCAUGUCUCCUCCCAUGCCAUGUCUCCUCCCAUGCCAUGUCUCCCUUCCAUGCCAUGUCUCCCUUCCAUGCCAUGUCUCCCUUCCAUGCCAUGUCUCCCUUCCAUGCUAUCACCAUAACCCCAACGGGCCCUCCAUCGCCCAUGACCCGCAUGUCCUCAUCGCAUCACCAUACCCCCACGUGCCAUGCCAAUGUCCCAAUUACUCUGCAUCUCCCCUAGUGCGCACCUUUCUCGACAACAACAAGCUGUCUGGUGCCAUUCCCCCUGCCAUAGGCGCCCUUGCAUCCCUUGGCUACCUGUGA